AAGAACACUACAAAACAUCAACACACAUUACAGCAGGAUGUGCAUGUUACGUUGGUGUAUUCUCAUUGGUUAUUGUAUUCUGUUCCAGUUGUCCUGCUUUAGAGCCUCGACCCGAGUCACCUUGGGCGACCAUUUUUUAGUGCCCACACCGCAAAUAAUGCUGAACUCUUCCAGUCGCACGGAUUCUGACUCCAAUCACCCAAGGAUGGUCUUGUUGCUGAACACAUGGUUGUCUAUUAAGUUUAGUGUGACCAUCACUUGUUCUAAUUGUGGGGAACCUAUCGUAAAGGAUGUCUCCAAGGGGAUAUUUGUAGCUCAUAUGAUUGAACGGAAAGAAUUACUCGAUACACUCUACAUACUUAAAAGUUCGCCUAAAGAGAACGUCUUCUCGUUGACCGUGCGCUUAUCACUGUCCGUUUCCUCUUCAGACACGUACUACUCCCUACCAGUUGACACCUGGGGGAAAGUGUAUAACUGCGCCACCUUGUCAAGGCAAGCUUACUGGGUGAUCCUACUGUCUACUCAUGAAGAUGUAAGCGUAGAGAUCUCUCACGACGGUACGUUCUCAAACGAUUUGACAUUAAACAGUAAGAGUGCGAUGACCAUAGAAGUACCAGCAGCCACAGUUGCAACAAUAAAAAGCUCGGACAAAAUCGGGGUCAUAGUUGGCAGCUACGAUCAUAAACAGAAGAAAUGUAUUAAAGGAUCAGCGGAUUCCCUUAUAGCAGAAAUGUUGACAUCUGAAGACAAGUAUGGAAAAGACUUCUUUACCUUGCAGUACUCAGAUGAAAAAAACAACGGACAGCUCAUUAUAAUGACCUCUGAGGACGACACCAAGGUCAGUUUACGCAGUUCUAGAAAAGGCUCGAUCAAGAACAUACAAAUGAAUAGAUAUAGUCGGGAAAUGGUAGAUCUUGAUGAGAGUUAUUAUCGUAUUUCAAGCAACAAGCCCAUGCAAGUAUUCUUCUACCGCAACUACUACUGCCCUGAUAAUGUGGUGCAAGCCUGGGCCACCAGUUUGUCUAUAGUUGUACCCACGGAGCUAUUUUAUUAUCAAUACGUCAUCAGUGGCAGGAGUGACGGAUUAUUUAAAGUUCUUCUUAUAUGUGAGAAACUGUUUGCUUCUUAUAUCCUUAUGAACGACGUAGUGGUUACUUCUGUUAGCACUUACGAAGUGAUAGACCAAUCUGACUGGCAGAUCAUGCACUCUUUACUGGCUCGAGGCAGUCAAAAUAUUUACUCAAAGAUCAAGCUUGCUUUCGGUUGCUAUUUCUACGCGACGGAUAAGACGGUCAGCUUUAUGAGUCCUGCUGGUUUUAUUAGCUCCCCUAUUAACCCGAGGUACUGCAAAAAAAGUCAACCAGUGAACGAUGAUCUUCUAGACAAUGACUGUGACGGGAAAAUUGAUGAAGAAUAUUACGAUCAAAAAGAUAACGAUCGAGACGGAAAAGUUGACGAAGACUUCAGGGAUUUGACAGAAGAGCAGCGAAAAGAAAAAGAACAAAGGGAGAGCUCUCAUAUGUCAGCAUGGUCAGAAUGGACCGAGUGGACCUGCCCAAGAGAGUGUAACGCGACCGACAGGUACAGGACACGACAAUGUCAUAAACCAACUCCGAGCAGUGAAAACUGUCUGGGACUCGCAAAUGAGACAAAACAUGGAGGCUGCAACGUUGAAAAUGAACUGUGCCCUGUAGAAUGUCCAGAGUAUAAAUGGAGCUAUGGCUGCCGCAAGGAUUGUGAAAACUGUGCCCAGGACUGCGACAAGUUCACAGGAGAGUGUGAGUCGUGUAACGAAGGCUUUAAGUUUCCUAAACUGAGUUGCAGUAAAGAAUGUGCUGCUUUUGAGUUCGGUCCAGACUGUUCUGGAGAUUGUCUCCGAGAAUGCUGGGGAGACUGCGAUGAUAGAAAGAAAGGAACCUGCCACGGUGAAAAAUGGACAUACUUAGUUAUGAUCGGAGGCCCUAGUGUGGUUGUCAUUGGUUUUAUGGCCCUAUAUUGUCAAAACAUGAAGAAGGGGACUGAAGAAGAAGGCGGGGACAAAGCCAUGCAUGAUGUUGAAAAUAAGCGACCGAAAAGUCACUCCGUGAACAGUGUAUUGUCAGAUGCCACUACCGACUCCUCUAAAUCUUGACUUUUUACCAUUAAGCGAUGCUUCUUACAUAGACAUUUCCCUGAACUAAGACACCAGCUACUUUGAUUUUGUUUGAAUAUUUUUGGUUUUCAUUUUUGUCGAUAUAACAUACGAAAAAAAAAAUGUCUCUGUAUUUCAUUGUUUCAAUAAAAAUGUAU